AUGCCUCGUUUUGUCCAGUCGGCGGACUCGUCAGGGCGCAAGAGAACCCAUAUGGACUACUUGCAACCGACGAAUAGCGAGUCCCAAGAUUUUUCAGCCAAAGCCCACGGCAGCGACGUCGAGAAUUCCUUGAGCGACAAAGAGAAUGUAUUCUCAACUAAUGCGCCCGGCGCUGCCUCUUCGCCAAUCAAAAGCAACGCUGGCCUGACUGAGUCUGGAAGCAGUCCACUAGACCAAAAUACGCCAUCCCCGAAUCCCACACCAAGCCGAGCCUCGAGCCACAAUCCCAUAAUCACAGUGCCUAUUUUAGCUCCAAAUACGUUACCAGUUCAAUCAUCAAUAGCGACCACAACAACAGACGAAGCAGCGGCUCCCAAGUCUUCGACCAGCGAGCCGCCUGUUAAAAAGAAGAGGCUGUCGGAGGAGAAGGCAGCAAAGAUCAAGGCAGACGAGGCCCGCAGGCUGGAGCGUGAACAGCGUGAGCAACUGCGUAAGCAGAAGAAGCGGGAGAAGGAGGAGGCUGAGAAGCAGAAGGCCGAACUCAAAGCCGCAAAAGCUGCCGAGAAGGAAGCGGAAAAGAAGCGGCUUGCUGAUGAGAAAGAGAAAAAGAAGCGAGGAAAGGAGGAGGAGGAAGCCAGAAAGGCGAAGAAGGCAGGCACCCAAACGAAGUUGACCAACCUGUUUAAGGUAGCUCCCUUCGCCCCUAGAAAGGUGCGACCACAACCUAGACUCGAGAAUGUCGACGACUCGAGCUCAGCCAGAACGUCUUCGAAGGCUGCGAUGAAGGACAUCUCGGUUUAUAAACAGAUGUUCCAGCCUUUCUUUGUCAAGGACCAUGUCACCCUCGCCAGCACCCCUUUCAGAAUGGACGAGACUCGAGACGCCAAAUCCAAAAUCCUUGAUGAGUACCUUGAAGGCAAGCGAGGAGAGUUUAUACCAGUGGCAUUCAACCCAUCGGAUGCCCUUCAGAUUCCGUUCCCGGUUCGACGUGGAAGAGUGUACCCCUCUGUCAGAAAGAUUAUGGCUGAGUACGGCGACUCAUCCUCGACACCCGUCGAUCUCACAACAGAGUCCCAGAACACACAGAUCCGCCACACCCGGGACGCUCUGAAGACAGUGCCGCUAAAGUCUCUGAAGUUUAGAGAAGACGUGAGACCGCCAUAUAUUGGUACGAUUAGCGGUCUACUUCCUGGUGUGAAGAGUCUUCGGAAAGUUGCAAGAAACCCUCUUGCCCGAAACAUUCUGCCCUUGAACUACGAAUAUGAUUCGGAAGCCGAGUGGCAAGAAGAAGACGGCGAAGAUGUCGAAGACCUGGAGGACGAGGAGGAGGACGCCGACAACGAUUCGGACGUUGACAGCCUGAUCGAUGAUUCCGAAGACGCCCCUGCCCGAUUGGUGUUUUCGGGUGGCAUGGAGCCUGAAAGCACAGGCCUCUGCUGGGAGGAUAAUAAGCGGCUUAACAGCGUACCAGAUGUGUGCAAGUUUCGGAUGGAGGUUAUUCUGGAAUCCCUGGAUCAACAUAGUGCUAUCAACCCUUUUGAAACGGCAUACUGGGAGACGACACCAUCCGCAGUUGUGCUGGCUGCCGACCCGGUUGCCUCUGUUCCUCCCGGGAUUUCUCAGCCCACCUCGGACUCGCGUCCGGCUCCAAUGGCGCCGCCCCCGCCACCAUCGGAUGCGUUUCAUACGCUUGCGGUGGGAGCCGCAACAACUAAGAAAUCACCGCAACCUUUGUCGGUGGCUUUGCAGGUUCAACUCAAGGACCUCAUACGAUCUAAGCCCAACCUUUCCAAGGUCGGCCUCAUCGAGCUGUUUGCCUCUGAACACGAGAAUUGCUCAAGAGCCCAAAUCAAGACAUCGUGGGACGCCAUUGCACAGAAGAAUGGGAAGAGUUGGAAAGUGAAAGGCGAGGCAUGA